UCGCCCCCGCCGCGUCCCGGCUGCUCUUCCGCCUGCGAGUGGCGGCCGCGGCGGGUCCCGGCAAGCGAGGGGCGCGCCUUGACCCCUCGGCAGCCCCCGGGGACGCAACCUCGGACAGGAUCCACUGAAGUUGUUUUCCGUAGAGAGACACUCUCAUGGAGUGAUUUCCUGGGUCUUCAUGCAGUCAUGGAUAUGGAUAAACCAUCUGUCUGGGGCUCUUUGAAACAGCGGACCAGGCCUUUGUUAAUCAACCUGAGCAAGAGAAAGGUGAAGAAGAAUGCAAACAAACCCCUAGAUCUAAGGGCAAGGCGUCCCCUGGACCGCCGCCUCAGCCUUUCUGUCCCUGACCUCCUGGAGGCCGAGGCCUUGGCCCCAGAGGGGCGGCCUUACUCUGGGCCCCAGUCGUCCUAUACCUCAGUGCCCAGCAGCCUGUCGACUGCAGGGAUCUUUCCCAAGAGCAGCAGUAGCUCCUUGAAACAGUCUGAAGAAGAAUUGGAUUGGAGCCAGGAAGAAGCAGGCCACCUCCACGUGGGGGAAACAGACUCCGAGGAGGCCUAUGCCUCUCCUGCCGAGGACAGGAGACCUUCCAGCAAUGACAUCUUAGAUCUGCUCCAGAAAACUCCCCUUGAAGAGGAUGCACUGGAAGAGCCGGAGAAGCUCUGCGGCAGUGGUGAUCUGAAUGCUUCUCUGACAUCCCAGCAGUUUGAAGAACGAUCUAUGUUUGGGGAAGCCGGCGAUGGCGUGAGUGACCUGCCCAGUCCUUUUGCCUACCUCCUCACCAUACACCUGAAGGAAGGCCGCAACCUGGUCAUCCGAGAUCGCUGCGGCACCAGCGAUCCCUAUGUGAAAUUUAAGCUGAAUGGGAAGACGCUGUACAAAAGUAAAGUCAUAUAUAAGAACUUGAAUCCAGUGUGGGAUGAGGUAGUUGUACUUCCCAUUCAAAGCCUUGAUCAAAAGCUCCGUGUGAAGGUAUAUGAUCGGGAUUUAACCACAUCCGAUUUCAUGGGCUCGGCCUUUGUCAUCCUCAGAGAUCUUGAGCUUAACAGGACGACUGAACAUAUUUUAAAAUUGGAAGACCCCAACAGUUUAGAAGAAGACAUGGGGGUCAUUGUGUUAAAUUUGAACCUAGGAGUAAAACAGUGCGAUUUCAAGAGACAUCGUUGGUCAAACCGGAAGCGGCUGAGUGCCAGCAAGUCCUCUUUGAUACGCAACUUGCGACUCUCAGAGUCCUUGAAAAAGAACCAACUCUGGAAUGGGAUUAUAAGUAUAACCUUGUUGGAAGGGAAGAAUGUAUCAGGAGGAAGCAUGACAGAAAUGUUUGUCCAGUUAAAACUGGGAGACCAGAGGUAUAAAAGUAAGACACUGUGUAAGAGUGCAAAUCCGCAGUGGCGGGAACAGUUUGACUUUCACUACUUCUCUGACAGGAUGGGCAUUUUGGACAUUGAAGUGUGGGGAAAGGACAGCAGAAAGCACGAGGAACGUCUGGGCACGUGCAAAGUGGAUAUCGCAGCGCUGCCUCUGAAACAAGCCAACUGCUUGGAGCUGCCCCUGGAGAGCUGCCUGGGGGCCCUCCUGAUGUUGAUCACGCUCACUCCCUGUGCUGGCGUCUCCGUCUCCGAUCUGUGCGUGUGCCCCUUAGCAGACCCCAGCGAGAGAAAGCAGAUUGCCCAGCGAUAUUGCUUACAGAAUUCCCUGAAAGAUAUGAAGGACGUCGGCAUUUUACAAGUGAAGGUCUUAAAGGCAGUAGAUCUCUUAGCAGCGGAUUUCUCAGGGAAGAGCGAUCCUUUUUGCUUGUUGGAGUUAGGCAAUGACCGACUUCAGACACACACCAUUUACAAAAACCUCAACCCUGAGUGGAACAAAGUUUUUACAUUUCCUAUUAAAGAUAUCCACGAUGUUUUGGAAGUGACAGUGUUUGACGAAGAUGGAGAUAAACCUCCUGAUUUUCUUGGAAAAGUUGCCAUUCCCUUGCUGUCCAUUCGAGAUGGACGACCAAAUUGCUACAUAUUGAAGAAUAAAGAUUUAGAACAAGCUUUUAAAGGAGCUAUUUACUUGGAGAUGGACCUCAUAUAUAAUCCGGUCAAGGCGAGUAUUAGGACCUUUACUCCCAGAGAAAAGCGCUUUGUUGAAGAUAGCCGCAAGCUGUCCAAGAAGAUCUUAUCAAGAGAUGUAGACCGUGUGAAAAGAAUCACCAUGGCAAUGUGGAAUACAAUACAGUUCCUUAAAAGCUGCUUCCAGUGGGAAUCCACGUUAAGAAGUGCAGUAGCGUUUGUGGGGAAGCUCUUGGAUGAUGGAGAAGGAUUUUCAAGAGAGCGUGAAGGCUGAAAACCACUCCAUGAAAGGGUCAUGGAUGGAAUCUACACUUUUGCCAGAUUCUUUUUGAGAAUUCCAGGUUGUUCAAAAUAAGGGCUGGGUAGAGCCAAGCACAUUCAUCUACGUAUCUACAUUAAUGCAUUCCUUCCAGAUGUCUUAAAACAGCAGCUAUCAGAGAAAUAGACCAUAUUUCUAGUGUGCGGGGGCGGAGAAUGGGUGCUCUAUUGUCUAUCCCUGUAUUUCAGUACAAAUAUGUGAUUUAAAGAUAGUUAAGAUGAAUUGAAUUUGCUCUCAAAAGAUAAUUCUGCGUUGUGAUGUUUAUAUUGUGAAACCAACCAUCCGUGUGGGGUUUUUGUUUGUUUGUUUUGUUUUUCUAUUGGGAACUUGAAUGUAACAAACCCCAAUAUUGUCUAUAAAGAGACCUAAAGUUGCAUUGUGGCCUAAGUGAAUUAUUUUUUUUUCAUAUGAACAAAAAAAAGAAAAAAAGAAAAAAAAAUUUACUUGACAGAUGGCAUCAUCAGAAGAUUAUUUUAAAUAACCAAGGCCUCCUAAUGCUGUAAAAAAGGAUUGCAUUUUUUUUUCAUUUUUCCACUAGUGUUUCAGGCACACACCUAUUGCAUCAAGCAAGGGAGGCAAGUCUGUGGGGCAUUGAUGGAUUCCUUAUUUUAUUAAAUUUUUACUUGGACGUUUGAUGUUAAAAAGCAAUCUAAAUCUACCAUAUAUCAAUGGGUCUCUUCAUAAAGCUAUGAUUUUAACAUCUGUGACUUUUUCCCUCAAUUUUUUGAGUGUCAGAAAAAUGAAGAAUUUCUUCUUCAGGGUCGACAGGGCCUGCAAAAUGAUACAUAAUUUAAAGCAUCAAUCAACCUGCCCGGCCCCUCCCUGUAAGGUUAAAAAAUACCAUUCCCCACUUUCUUAGUGAUGUCCCGUAUUUAACAUACACAAAUCCUUCACUUUUAGAGAUCCUGGGAUGUUGAGAAAUAUGAAAUGAUUUCACACUGAACUCAAAAACAACAGCAGCAGUAACAGAAUGGACCCUUUCAACCCACACGCGCACAUGUGCUUAAACAUACACACACACACAUGCGCACACACACACACACACACACACACACACACACAGACUAAGAGAAGCAAAGGUAUUCGGGGAAUACAAAGUUUCCCCAUGGAAGAUUUUGUGAGAACGGUUUAGCUAGCAUUUCAUAGGAGAUCCUGAGGAUUGCUUCUGUCCAUGAUCCAUUCCGUGGCCUGAAGAACGUUCAGAUUGAAUUUACUUUGCUACGCACAACCACUAUCAUGUGGAAUUUUGUUUCAAAUAGGGCUAUUAAAAUAGUGCUGGUCCGUAUCUUUUUGAUGCUUCUGAUAUUUAUGUGUUCACUGUGUCUAAAAGAUUUACCUCUUCUUUAAGUUCUAUCAUCAAUUUAUUUACAACUAGAUGCACCUGCAUUUGAUCAAACAUUUGGUGGUGGUUUCAUAUCCACCAGAAGUCAGUUGCAUGUGCAAAACAGACAUCCCUGCAUGUCUGGUAGGUGUUCUUGCACUUGCAGCUCAAGGUUAACAGUAUUUCUCUAAAGCCGAAAAAAAAUCCAGUUAUAAUAACCAUUUUGUCUGGAGGAGAAGAUAUUUUUUGACAUUUUAAAUGUAUACAUCCAUACAUAUGCUCAAAAUGUACAUAAAUAUAUUGUAUAAAAUGCUGAAGAUAUUUGACAGUUUAUUGUUUUAUUAACAUUUAUAAGAUGAUUUCCCAAAUCUCCGUUUUCACAGAGGACUACAUAGUAUACCUUCAAAAAUAUUUUAAGGUUUUUUUUUUUUCCAGCACUUUUUCAUAAGAACAAUCCAUCAGUUGCCCAUUGUGAUUAUAAUUUUUACAACAUAAUUGUACCUUCUAUUGACAACUUCUCAGGCAUUAACUAAUUAUGCCAUUUAAUAAAAUUAUAGUAAUUGCAUUAAAAGAUUAUCUGUUGAAAAUUUAAAAGGACACUCUUCACUAUUCUCGCGUAUUUUCAUGUUUAUAUUUUCAACUCUACAAUUGAAUUGCACUUUCAGACAGAAUCAUAGCUAUGCGGACUGAAAUCAGGUGGCAUUUGGAGCGUCCCAAUUUUGACUAGUAAGCGUUAGAUCUAAUUGUUUUUUUUCAGAUCUUCUUCUUCUUUUUUUUUUUUUUAAUUCCUGGAAGAGCAUACAUGGCCAGUCUUCACAUGGCCCCAUUCGAUAGCAAGUGAAUGGUUAACUCUCACUUUUGUAUUGUAGGUCCAGGCUCUGUAUGGGAAUGCUUCCGUCAUUACCUACUGCUUCCCCUACACUUUCUAUCGGGAUGCGCUCAGACACACACAUUUUCUGCCUUCUGUGAUUUUUUUCAGGCUGGGGGCCAUGAUCUUUGGCAGAUUCCAGUGAAUUCAGGCUAGUUCUAGGUCUCUCUACUGUCCAGAGAUACCCAUACUGUUCAUUUAAACUUGGUCCUGAGCGUAGGGUCUUAAAUCUUUGCGAAAGAAAAGCCUCUAGAGACGAUGUCACUCCUUGACCUAGCCAAUGCCUUCUUCAGGCUUGCCGUUUUCAUUCCCUUCCUCGCUUUCCACAAUCAUUGCAUGUCUCGUGUCCCAUGUACUGUUAGAUAUUGAGAUACAAAAAUGAAACUGUCAUGCUAAGUCCUUACUGGUCUCUUAUUCAGCACCCCCCUCUCUUUCCCCAUCUCCCUCCAUUCAUCCCUCUCUCUUCCUCUUUGUCAUCCAUCUGCCCCUCCUUCCAGCUGCUCCCCAGCACCUCUCCCCAUUUCUCUUGCCACCCGCCUGCUUCUCUCCCCUACCCUCUUACAUCUGAAACCACAGAGGUGCCACACAAUGAUUAAAGCACUCCAUAAGAAAAAUCAAAUUUGUCCUUUGGAGAUCAACUUAGAUACUAUUCAUGAGGAUAAUUUAAAAAUAUUCAAUGGGCUACACAUGUGGGUAGGGAUUAUUAUCUGAUAUAACGAUCGGUAGGCACGGUGUUGUUCUAACUCAGAGGCCUCUCUAAAGCAGGUGCACGCACACGCACACACGUAGGCACAUAGUUACUGCUUCCUUGCAAAGGAUGUUAUGUGAGGACUUGUGGAGGACCUGUUCCAGGACAGGGCAGAAGUGCAAAUCAUAGUAUUAUAUGCCAUACAAUUAGCAUUCAAGAGUCACCUCUUUUCAGCGCUGAUUCACGUGCUUGGAACCACCAAAUGCAAAGCAUGUGGUUCUAUCUUUAAAGCUAUAGAGUACUAAAAAAAAAAAAAAA